AUGGAGAUCCUGACGGAGCUGGGCCGGACGGCUCACACUGCCUGCGAGCUGGCGAACCGGACGAGCCCGCUCGUGCCCGACGUGAUAUUCGCCCUCGCGUACCUCGGGGGGCCGGAGCCGGGAUCGCUGCCGGGGUAUGCGUGGAGGGGGGGACGGGCGAGUCUGUCGAAUCCGGGGAAGGUGAUGCAGAGUAAGAACCCGGCGGGGUUGCAGGCGGGGACGAGAAAGAAGCAUCCGGCGCAUAUACCGGAUCAUCUUCCGCCGUUUCCAGAUCCGCAUACUUACAUCUGGACGCCGACGUACAAGCAGCCCGUGGGUGAAUACGAGGCGGUGCGGGAGAAGGUGGCGGCGCAGAAGCGGGACGUGGAGCGGGCGCUGUCGCGGUUCAUGGCCAAGACGGGGGAGACCCAGCUCCUCUUCCCCACCCCCGACACGUCGGGAAUGUUCUCGGCGAUCGCGACAAAGCCGAUCGGGAACGUGUACCUGCAUGCGCUGCUGCCGAAAGACGGUCGGUUCGAGGACGACCCUGAUCGCCCGCCCGAGAAGAAGAAGAAGCCGAGGAAGAAGAAGGAGAAGAAGAAGAAGAAGGAGAAGCACAAGAAGAAGGCGGGGUCCAGUGAGGAAGAAGGCGAGGAGGAAGACGAGGAGAAGGAGAAGAAAGGCGGCGAGGGCGAUGGCGUGGCCAAGUCGGACGAAGGCGGCGAACCGGGGAAGCCCGACCCCCCCGACCCGAUCGACAACCCCUACCUCCGACCCGUGAAAUUCCCGAGAAGAGGAUCGUGGAGACGGGACGAUCUAACUUGA